AUGCAUGGCUGGGAGUUGAUCUGCGUGUGCCUAUUCUACUUUCCACCCAAUAGUCAUUUUCGCAGUGCUUUUCAAGACUACCUUGACCGAAGAGCCGAGGUUGCCCGUCAAUUGCUCGCUAUCCACCGGGUCUUGAUGGCGACAGCUUCUGCCACUGACACCAAUUCCACUCUUACCGGUAUUUCAUGCACUUCCUCUUCUUCGUCUGCUCCUGUCGCCAAUCUGGCAAAUAUCAUAUCGUCCUCUUCUUCUGGUCCCGUGAUUUCCUCUUCUCACAUCUCGGCUUCGCCUGGGCUCUCUUCCGCCCGACGCCCCCAAAUUGGCCAAGAGACGAUUGAUCUGUCCAACGGGUGA